AUGACACGCGAUCUGUUUGAUCUGAUCAUUGAGUUGCGACCUUCAACCACAUCGGCUGGACUGGCAGAAAAUUUCAAAUAUGUUUAUCUUGAAGUCAGUAAACGCUCACGACAAGCUGAGUCAUCUGAAUACUUACGCACCUUGUCUGGUGUUUGUAUUUCUCUCGACAAUACUUUCAAAGCUGCAGGGAAGGCAACAGUGGCAGAUAAGCAGAAGACAAGGACCAAGUUCAUGAGGGGGGGAAUGCUUACCGCUAUAAACGAGGAUAAUGAGAUACUUUUUUGGAGACUUUGCCAAACUCAAGCAAACACAGAAAUGGAGGAGUUGCUUGAAGGCUUGAAGUCUCGCUAUGAAAAACUGGAUCAGCCCCUCCCACAAAUGGUCAUUGUUGAUAACUGCUGCCACGUACGCAGUGCAGUCAAUAAAGCAAUGCCAGAUGCACAAGUUGGCCUGGAUGUAUUCCAUUUCAUUAUGAGGUAUCUUGCUGCCAUUCUCAACGGAACCAGGAACCCUCAGUGUUUGGCUGUAGCCCACGACAUUAGCAAAGCUAUCCUGAGUUCACGGGCAUCAGGUAAUGGAGAAAGUGCGAAGUAUCAAACAAAAGAAGAGCAAGAGGUCCAGCUUCAAACGAUGUUUGAGAAGUGGGCCGAAAAGGGCGGGGUGUGGUCUGCAGCUGCCUCCAAGGUGCACGCAGACCACUUGCUUUCCACAGAACCAACUCACAGCAACAACAGUCAAGAGCUGAAGGCACGCCCUUUCCUUUCAUCCAUCAACACCAAAGAAUCCUUUGGUCUUGGCCCCUCUAACCACAGCUCAAUAUUUGGAGGCCUCAUAGAAGUUAAGACUGAGGCUAAUUUUGAUGAGCAAGACCUCAGCCUGGAUCAAUUAGACUUAGAUGCCGAGAUUGAGCCCACAUCAAUCCUGCAAUGCCUGGAUAUCGACCCCAACUUGCUUACAGUGCCUCAAAUCACCUUAGGCAAGUAUCCUUUUCACCAUGACUGUGAAAUGAUGGCUAUAACUGAGCCAACAGCGCUUGCCAAUUCCAGCCAAUCUGGGCCUCUCAAGCGGAAGGUCCCAUUUUAUGACCUAACUGAAGAUUUGGGGCCACUUGCUGGCGCAUUGGAAGGCCCACUACAGAAGAAGAGUUGUAUCCCCACUGCUCAGGAGACAACAGCGAACACCCUAAGUACAUCAGCAACAAAUGCCCCAAGUACACCGGCUACAAAUGCCUCAAGUAUACAGGCAAAAGGCACUCCAUCCACCAGCAAUAUUAUCAGCAUGUUUUUUGCACCUGGAUCAAAGACUGUCGCCCCCAAGUGCCCUAGUGACAAACACACGAGCCAAAACUUGAUGGCGGCCUUCUCACCACUUGCUGACCCCAACUUGAAUGGUCUCUCACGCUUUCAGCGCAUAUUUUCCAUCUUGACGGGUAUCGACCCACGUUCACUCACCCUCAACUCUAGUGCCAAAUUUUUCCUAUUCAUGGAUAUGCGCCUACAAAAUAAAUGGGCAUUGUUCAGCAUGACGUCUCAAAAAUGGGUUCUGGCUACAGCAGACUAUAAUAGUAGACUAGAGAAGCUUCCUAAGUCUGGUGGUAGCCCAGCAGUUAUGAAAAAUCCCCGUGCACUAUUUGACAAAUUGGGGGAAAUAGAGACAAAGAUUGUCAAGAGGAUCAAGUCUAAUAAUUUUCAUCAAGCGGCAAUGAGAAGUUUUGGAGAACCCAUUGUUUCAUUGUCCAGCUCGUUAAAGGAGAAAACACAGACCUGA